CCCAUCCCGUUCCCAGUCUUGAGAAGAGAACCGAGCGGACGCCGAGCUGCAAGUAAACGGCACCGACUCCCGACCGGAAGAGCCGAGCCGAACCUAGUCGCCUCGGCCUCGUCUCCACCUCGUCCCCCACCCCCACCCCCGCCCCGAUCCGAUCCGAUGGAGGGCGCCGACUCGGCCGGCGCCGGCGCCGGCGGCGCCGUGGCUGCGGCGGCCAAGUGGCGGAGCGACGCGUCGCGGGCGUUCCAGUACUACCUGGACCGCUCGACGCCUCACGCCACGGGGCGGUGGCUCGGCACGCUCGCCGCCGCGGCCAUCUACGCGCUGCGGGUCUACAUGGUGCAGGGCUUCUACAUCGUCACCUACGGGCUAGGGAUCUACCUCCUCAACCUCCUCAUCGGUUUCCUCUCCCCCAUGGUCGACCCCGAGCUCGACCCCUCUGCCGCCGCCGAGGGGCCGGCGCUGCCCACCCGGGGCUCCGACGAGUUCAAGCCCUUCAUCAGGCGCCUCCCCGAGUUCAAGUUCUGGUAUGCAAUCACAAAAGCUUUUGUUGUAGCUUUUGUGAUGACUUUCUUCUCAGUGUUUGAUGUUCCUGUCUUCUGGCCUAUACUCCUCUGCUACUGGGUUGUUCUCUUUGUCUUAACAAUGAAGCGCCAGAUUGUGCAUAUGAUCAAAUACAAAUAUGUGCCUUUCAGUAUCGGGAAGCAGAAAUAUGGUGGGAAGAAGAAUGUCGCGAGCACCAGUUCCUCAAAAGACUGAUUCUGAACCUACUUACCCCCAGUAGGAAGCUUGGCAGGGGAACAAGAUACGGUGGAGGAUGAUAUUUGAUGUGCGAAAUACUCAAGUGUAAUACUUCAUUCAUAUCUAGAGGUAGACGGAUAUUCGCUCCUGUUUCUGACUCUGGGCUCACUGUUUAAUUCGAUAUUGUGCUUAGAUUGCUUCCUCCAAUGCAUGUAUAGCGAGUUUCGCGUGUCAGAUAAAUUAUUUCGUUUUAGUUGCUACAUAUAUCUGGGCCCUAAAACAAUAAGCUCUAUGCUCUCAGGCUCUCAUCAAGUUGUUUGGUUGGGAGUUGGACGAGUGAGGUAGGCGGUUGUUUUUUUGUAUCAAACUGGAACAGAAUGCUAAACUUUAAACGCAGAAUAUUUGACCGGCUGUGCAAAAAA